GUCCAAGUGCCGUGAUCAAUAUAAAGUGUCCGUGCUUGUAUCAUCGCCACCUCCUCCCUUUCCGCCCACACCUCCAUUUCCACCAUGGCCACCAAGCAAAUCAAGCAGCUCUCCAGAGAAGAAGUCGCCAAGCAUAACAAAGAUGGCGAUUUGUGGAUAGUCAUUGACACCAAAGUUUUUGAUGUAUCGCGCUUUAAGGAUAUGCAUCCCGGGGGCGCUGCUGUUCUUUUUGACGCGGAAGUUGCGGGACAAGAUGCCACCGAAGCGUUCUAUGGUCUUCAUCGUCAUGAGGUUUUACAAAAGCCUCAAUAUCAGCGGUUGCAGAUUGGCAUUAUUGAGGGAGAAGAGCCUUCUAUCCAUCCUCGUGCCGUCGGCGAACUUAGCAAGGUGCCAUAUGGAGAGCCAACAUGGCUAACACCUGGUUACUUCAAUCCAUACUUUUCGGAGAACCACAGACAGUUGCAGUCUGCGAUGCGCAGAUUCACAGAUGAAUUUGUGACUCCUGAUGCUGAGAUCCAUGAAGAGGAUGGCAAGCGACCAUCGCAGAGCUUGUUCGAUAAGAUGGCUGAGCUGAAUAUGCACGCUAUGAGAAUGGGACCAGGGAAGCAUUUGAAGGGACUGAAGCUAAUGAACGGUCUCGUGAAACCCGAGGAGUUUGAUUACUUCCAUGAAUUGAUUAUUACUCAAGAGUUAGCACGCUGCAACGCCCGAGGAUUUGGAGAUGGUCUCCUUGGUGGAAAGGUCAUCGGGUUACCUCCUGUGCUCAAUUUCGGAAGCGAGGAGUUGAAGGCAAAGAUCGUUCCGGAGGUAUUCGCUGCCAAAAAAUUCAUCUGUCUCGCGAUAUCAGAAGCUCAGGCCGGCAGCGACGUUAUGGGCUUACAAACUACCGCAGUGAAAACUGAGGACGGAAAGCAUUGGAUCAUCAACGGCACGAAGAAAUGGAUAACGAAUGCGACUUUUGCCGACUAUUUCACUGUUGGCUGUAAAACUGAAGAUGGCCUCACCGUCAUUCUCGUAGAGAGAGGAGAAGGCGUUGAGACUCGCCCAGUGAAGACAAGUUAUUCGAGCUCUGCAGGGACUGGUUUCAUUACUUUCGACAACGUAAAAGUUCCUGUUGGAAACACCCUUGGCGAGGAGGGCGGCGGAAUUUUCGUUAUACUCAGUAACUUUAACCAUGAGCGGUGGGUAAUGUGCUGCUCCUCUGCAAGAAGCCAAAGAAGUAUAGUUGAUGAGUGCCUCCAAUGGACGUCACAGCGCAAAGCGUUCGGCAAACCUCUCCACUCUCAAGCUGUCAUACGUCAUAAAUUGGCCGGCAUGAUAUCGCGAGCGGAGAGUGUACAAAACUGGCUUGAAAACAUUACAUAUCAGAUGUGCAAUAUGUCUUACAAACAACAAGCCAGUAAACUCGCCGGGCAAAUUGCCUUUUUGAAGAGUUAUUCCACUGCUUGCGCUCAGGAAACUGCAAGAGACGCUGUACAGAUUUUCGGCGGUCGUGGAAUUACGAAAACUGGCAUGGGUCGAUUUGUGGAGCAUUAUCAUCGCACGGUGCCAUUUGAUGCGCUUCUCGGUGGUGCUGAAGAUGUAUUAAGUGAUCUUGGUGUAAGGCAGGCGUUACGAGCCAUGCCUCAGGAUGCUCGACUGUAAACAGAACAUUCUUUUACCUAUCUUCACUUGGAUUUCAAUUAUUCUUUGUAUCCGAGUUAAUGUAAGCUGUGAUUCGAUAGAUGUACAAAAUGCAUAGUACAACAGGAAGAAAACGAUAAUACAGACCAAGAC